UGUACGAUAUCCAAAUUUGGGCACACUGGCUAAAGAAGCCAGGGAAAGUUUUGUUUAUUUAUUUUUGUCCCUAAUUUCUUUUUGCUGCUAUAAUGCUAAAUGCCAAGAUUGGUAAAGUCGGUAAAGUUCUGGUAUGCGGGAUGAAGGGCGUGGGUAAAACGGCCCUUAUAGAGCAGCUGGUUUACGGCCACGUCAACCCGGAGACGGAACUGCAUCCCACCAUCGAGGACAUCUAUGUGGCCAGUGUGGAUACAGGUCGGGGUGGAGCCCGAGAGACCCUGCGUAUCUACGACUCUGCUGGGCUGCAGGGCGAGCAGCAACAGCUACCCCGACACUACCUUCAGUUCCCGGACGCCUUCGUCCUGGUCUACGACCCGACGGAUCCACGCAGCCUGGACAUGUUGGCCGACAUAAAGGCGGACAUUGACAAGCACAAGGAAAAAAAGGAAAUCCCUGUAGUCGUGCUGGCAAACGUCCGGGCCAGGGCUGCACCCAAUCCCGUUGAGAAGGUCAUGGACCGAGCCAACCUUUGGUGUCAGCGGGAACGUAUCAAGCACUAUACGGUGAACGCCAUGGAGCGCCCCUCGUUAUAUGAGCCGUUCACCUCGCUGUGUGCUCGUCUCCAUCCGGCACCGACGAAGAGCACCUUUCCCCAGUUGCGUCAGGUUAUGCAGAACCGACAAAAGAGCGAGGCGUAGCUCUCACAGGAUUGAAGUAUUCUAUUUUAUUGUGUAAUUCCGUUUAGUGUGUUACUUGCCUGUAUUAACUAAUGUGCUUUAAUGUGGACAUGGGUCCGCCAGUUUUGUACUUAUACCCAUUUGUAUGUGAGCGUCUAA